AUGCACGAGGAAGCCUCGUCCACGGCUAGUUCGUCCUCACCGAAAACGGCCUCCAACAUCGUGUAUGCAAACGGUGGUGGUAUGUUGCUUUCCACCUCACCCACGCCCGGUCCGGGAGUGGCCUCUUCCUCAUCGUCGUCGUCGUCGUCCACCUCGUCUGCAUCGUCCUCCACGUCGGUAUCGUCCGCGACCAACCUGUACGAUGUGGUGGUACAGCAGGAUUUGCUUCUUCCGAACAGUCAUCACAGUGCGACCUACCACGGUCAUCAGCACCUGCAACAGCAGCAGCUACACCAUCAGCAACAUUCCCAGCAAACGUUACAGCACGUCACGUCCAAUAUGGCAACGGUCGCUACCAAAAUCAUCGUCACCGGUACCGGUGCUGGUAUGCAUCAUACCAUGCAGCAGCAGCAGCUUCACCUGCAGCACGAUCAUCAUCAUCAUAACCAUCACAACCACCUGCAUCAGCACCACCAACAGACGCAUCAUCAGGUGCAUCAGCACGUACAGCAGCAACACCAUCAGCCAAGUUCCUCUACGAACGUGAUCGUUACUGGUACGAACCACGGCCCAUCACUAAUCGUGCAGGCUAGUUCGAGCGGUGUCUCCGACCUGCUGCUUGGGCAAGAUCCCAUCACCACCACGACGGCGAACGCGGCUACGACAGCGACACUGAUUGCCCUGACCCCCAACGAUGUGGUGGAGUCGGUGAUUGACGGUCGGGUUGUAACGGCCACGGAGGAGGAGACGCUUCUCAGCAGCCUGGCCGGCACUGCCACCUCGUGCACGGGCGAUGGUGUCGUGGAUGAGGUGGACGAACAUGUCGUCACGAUGGUCGAUGGUACGCUGCUCGGCUGUGGCGAUCCGUUACAGCCGACCCAUCAGCAGCCCAGCUCCUCGUCCAGUAUUACGAUCGUCUCGGAGGAGUCCAUACUACCGCUGGCCGUAGCCCCGACAUCCUGCGUGCUGGCGGUAACCACACGAUCACCAGCCUCGUCCACAUCCUGCUCCUCCACUUCGGCACCAUCGUCCUCGUCGUCCUCAUCCGGCGUGUCAACGGUUCCACUAUCCUCGUGCUCGAUCGGUAGUUCCUCCACCACCGCCACGACGGUCGUUGCGGUUGCGUCCGUCGGGAGUAGCGGAGGGCAUACCGGGUCUGGCAACGGUGCCGGCGUCGUUAUAUCCGCCAUGUCGGUAAAUAACGACGCGGCGCACCUAACCGAGGCGAUCGAGAUCAAGAUCCCGGAGGAGGACGGCGCAAGCUAUGCUGAGGAUUCGGACGGCGGCGGUGUCGGUGGAGCCGGCGGUCCCUACCAUCAUGGGGGCAGCGAUGGGAGCGGCGGCGGUGGUGGUGGCGGCGGCGGCGGCAGCAACAGCAAUGGCAGCGGUGGCGGCGGUCAAACGGCCGGCGGCCAAACGGCGGGCGGCACAUCCUCGGCAGCGGCGGCAGCAGCGGCAGCCUAUCUGGCGAUACCGGCCUCAGAGCUGUGCCCGGUGUGCGGCGACAAGGUGUCCGGCUACCACUACGGGCUGCUAACGUGCGAAUCGUGCAAGGGCUUCUUCAAGCGCACCGUCCAGAACAAGAAGGUCUACACGUGCGUCGCCGAGCGCCAGUGCCACAUCGACAAGACGCAGCGGAAGCGCUGCCCGUACUGCCGCUUCCAGAAGUGUCUCGAGGUCGGCAUGAAGCUGGAAGCCGUGCGAGCCGAUAGGAUGCGCGGUGGACGAAACAAAUUCGGGCCCAUGUACAAACGGGAUCGGGCGCGAAAGUUGCAGAUCAUGCGCCAACGACAGCUCGCCCUCCAGGCGUUGCGGGGUUCGAUCGGUGGUGGUGUCGGUAUCGGUACGCUCGGUUCGGAUGGUGUGUCGCCGCAGUUGCAGGGUCUCGACUAUCACCAACCGUACUCGAGCAUGCACAUCAAACAGGAAAUUCAGAUACCACAGGUCUCAUCCUUAACGUCAUCGCCAGAUAGUUCGCCCAGCCCGAUUGCGAUCGCCCUUGGACAGGUUAAUCCGCAGACGACGAUAUCGCUCAGUAGCAGCGGAGUCGGCGGCAACGGUGGUGGCGGUGGCGGUGGAGGCGGCGGUGGCGGUGGCGGUGGGGGCGGCGGUGGUAAUAACGGAUCCGGUGCCGGCACCGGCAGUUCCAACUCCAGCGCCACCAGCAUCCAGAAUCCGCUGUCCGACUCGAAACUGUGGAUGAGCGCCAACUCGACGACCGCCUCGCCCCAUUCGCUCAGUCCGAAGGCGUUUAGCUUCGACUCGAACCCCACCAGCACGGCCGACUCCGGCAAUCCGGCCGACACCCUAAGGGUAUCGCCGAUGAUCCGCGAGUUCGUCCAGUCGAUCGACGACCGCGAAUGGCAGACGUCGCUGUUCUCGCUGCUCCAGAGCCAGUCCUACAAUCAGUGCGAGGUCGAUCUGUUCGAGCUUAUGUGUAAAGUUUUGGACCAAAACCUAUUCUCCCAGGUUGAUUGGGCGCGAAAUACGAUAUUCUUCAAGGAUUUGAAGGUGGACGAUCAGAUGAAGCUGCUCCAGAACAGCUGGUCGGAUAUGCUGGUGCUUGACCACAUACACCAGCGUCUGCACAACGGGCUACCGGACGAAACCACCCUGCACAAUGGGCAGAAGUUUGAUCUCUUAGGUUUAGGGCUGCUGGGCGUACCGAGCCUGGCCGAGCACUUUAACGAGCUGCAGAACAAGCUCCAGGAGCUCAAGUUCGAUGUCGGCGAUUAUAUCUGCAUGAAGUUCUUGCUGCUGCUAAAUCCCGAUGUCCGGGGGAUCACCAACCGAAAGACGGUCGUCGAGGGCUACGAAAACGUGCAGGCGGCCCUGCUGGAUUAUACGCUUACCUGCUACCCGUCGGUGCCUGAUAAGUUCAGUAAGUUGCUCAGUAUUAUUCCGGAGAUCCACGGAAUGGCAGCUCGGGGUGAGGAGCAUCUGUACAUCAAACACUGUGCCGGCAGUGCGCCCUCACAAACGCUGCUAAUGGAGAUGCUUCAUGCCAAGCGGAAAUGA